UUCUCAUCUCAAUGUAGACAAUUAGUUUAAUCAAUUGAUUGUUUUUAUCAUAUUUUUCUUUUUCUCUUGUGGUUUUAAUUGUUAAUCCAAUUAUUUUCUAUUCUGUUUAUCUAAUUCAUUUUCCACCCAUUUGUGAACAUUUCAACUGAAUUUGUUUUAGAUGUGGCGCCUUAAUGGGAAAAAGUGAUUCUCUAUUCUGGUAAAGUGUAACAACCACCACCCAUUGAAAGCACAUUUUUCUAUUCGGCAAAAUUUAAUUUUUCGUCUCUUGAUAUAUUGAUUAUUUUAUUCUUAUUCUUGGCUAUCUUUCCAAUAUAUCUCUGGUUCUAUUCCUCUUUUCUGCUGCUCUCUAAAUCGUCUACAUGGUUACCAUCUUCUUGCUAAUUUUACAUUUUCACAGCGUGAAAGGAUUAUGAUUUCAACCCGAUUUCCCACCACAACCAUUCAUGUUUAUGGCCGAUUUUGUCUGGUUUUUGCUUCAUCGAUCUUGGGGACUUGAAUUGUUGAUUGGGUAUUUUUAGUGUGUCAAUUUUGUCUUUCUCUCUCUCUCUCUCCCCUCACUUCGUUACUCUAUUAACUAUAUAUAUAAUCAUCUUUAAUUAUCGACGGUGAUUAGUCACCAUUCACCUUUACUACCUUCGCCUGAUAAUUAACAGUUUUUAUAAUGUCUAAUUCAGACCAACGAGUCUCCUAUUGUUUUAAAGUAUUUGAAAGAAUAUGUGUCCUUGAUAAAGUUAUCCGAAGAACAGAUAAAUUAAUCAGUGAUACACAAUCUAAAUUGGAAUCAAUUCUUCAUCAAAUUGAAAGUGAACGUGAAUUAUUAAUCCAUAUACAAGAGAUUGAAGCAAGAAUCAAAUGUCUAAACCAAGAAUACAAUCUAGCUCAUUCAAGCUUCCAAUCUCAAGAAGAUAAAUCAACUUCAAAUGAACGAUUAAUCCAAGAGACAUCAAUUGACAUGGAUGUUCAAAGGGAACAAAUGAGAAUCGAUUAUAAAUGUCUGGAAAGCCGACGAAAUGAAUUAGCCGAAGAGAAACAAAUACUAGCCAGUAACAAUUAUAAUCUCAUCUUACGUCGAAACAGUCUAAUUAUGGAGCUUUGUCAAAUUUAUCCAAUUCAAAACUAUCAAGGUAAAUAUUCCAUUUGUAAUGUACACCUUCCCGAUUCCGAAGAUUUCAAGGGUAAAAAUACAUUUCAUCUAUCGGUGGCUCUUGGUUAUGUUUGUCAUUUCCUUCUAAUGACAUCGAAAUUUUUAGAUAUUCCAUUGCGAUAUUCACUUAUCCCUUAUGGUUCCAAUUCCUGUAUUAUUGAUCAUAUUGAUCCCUCAUUAGAUAAAUCGGGAAGAGUUUUUCCCCUUUACUGCGAUACCAAUUCCAAGGAUAAAAGGAUUGCCUUUAGUUAUGCUGUUUACCUGAUAAACAAGAAUAUCGCCCAACUAAGACAUUACCUUUCUCUCAAAACAACCGAUCCUCGAGCAACAUUACCAAAUUUAUAUAAUCUCAUUGAGGAAGGAUGUAAAUUACCAAGUACACGGUGGUAAAAAAAAAAGUUCGUGUGAAAGGUAUUUGGAGUGUUACGAUGUACAGUUAAUCAAAUUUCAAUUUUUAAUUAUUCGAACGCAUCUCAAUUCCCAUCCCCUUUCACACGAACUUAAUUAUCACCCUGUAAUUAGUUAAACAUUAUCUUCUUCCAAGUAGAUAAAUUUUCAAUUUCUGUGUUUCUUUAAAUCAUAAUGAUUCACAUAAACAUGAAUAAGUAUCGUCUAUGUCAAUAACUGUAAAUAAUAUAACUACUAAGAAAAUCCCCUAACAGAGAGAUAUAUAUAUAAAUGUAUCUAUAAUCACUAUUAUCAAAUUUAGUUAGUUAAUUAACUUUGUUCACCUUUAUAUUGGUUAACCUUAAUCAUACUCAAAAUCUUAUUAUUACUUACCUUUAUUGACAUUAUCAAGUUUUUCUCUGAUCAAUUUGUUUUCUCUGUCUCUCACAAUGUCUCUUCCCAUAUCUCACCGAUCAACUAAUCAUCGCUCAAAUGUUAAUUGUUCAUUUUUAACUAAUUAUCAACGGUAGAUUAUUAAAUUGUUAAAUUGA